AUGCUAAAUGCAGGAGUGCCGAAGGUAGCCUGUGAAGACGACGAAGUGACGAUUGUGUUUGAAACGAAGCAGCCAUUUACUGGAAGGAUAUUUGUCAAGGGGAUGUCAAAUAAAUCUGAAUGUUCGACUACCUACCGCAGCAACGCAGUUAAUUCGGUGCACUAUCGACUACGCAAUGGUCAAUGCAACAUGUUACGACAGAGACGGGUCGGACCGCAGCGCGGAGUCGAGCAUUCAAUGACCGUCGUAGUAAGCUUUCAUGGGACAUUCAUUACCAAGACGGAUAAAGCUUAUAGAUGUACUUGUUUCUUUAUGGAAGCCGAUAACGUAGUAAAGUCAGGUAUAGAAGUAGGAAGCCUGGCAACCACGGAUUUAAUUGAUACGGCCAGAAUACCAUCGUGCUCAUAUCGCAUCAAACAAAAUUCCAUAAACGGCCCAGGUGUACGAUCUGCGGAGGUCGGAGAUCGUGUCUAUCAUGUAUGGCAAUGUGAUAGCGAUCUGUUUGGAAUGUUGGUGCACAGCUGUUUCGUGGACGACGAGUCUGGAGAAAAUAAAUAUACUCUGCUGGACGAAGACGGAUGCGCAAUUGACGAGCUACUCAUCGCUGAACUGACGUACAACGACCUGAACAAUGAAGCGUUCGUUGACUCAAAUGUAUUCAAAUUUGCUGAUAAACCUGAACUGUACUUCCAGUGUUCAAUAACGCUUUGUUCGAAAAGUGAUGGUUCGUGCGUCGGUUUAACACCCCCAAGAUGUGAUAAAAAUCGGCCGAGAAGAACGAAGACGAACAAAACGCUCGUACAGACAUCGAAGAAAUCAAAACGACAUACAACUGACCUUGACCUGUCCAGCGACAAGCUAUUAGUUUUCGAUAUCAGUGAUGACUUCGAAAGAACUCCAAAAGGUAGCAAGAACAUCUGCUUUUGGAACUUCUUUCAGCAGUUCUGA